AGCAAAACAAUUAUUCAACUGACUACUUGCAGUAAAAUAUCAGGACAUUUAAAUGCUAGACUUCAUGCUGCUAUAAUGAGCAAAGACUUUUCCGAAAACAAUGAAGGAAGUCCAGACAACCAUACAGCAGGAGGAGAAAAAGGAAAUCUGCUUCACAGGAUUCCACCCCGAAUUCCCAGCUGUCACGUACACACCAAAAAGGGUCUUUCUAUGAGUGUGGAUGAAGCAAGAUUUCUGGAAAAGCCACCCCUAUCUUACAUAGCCUUAAUUGCAAAGGCAAUUCUUUCUUCCCCUACAAAUAAAAUGAAUUUAGCCGCUAUCUACAAAUAUAUUGAAGAUCAUUUUCCUUUCUACAGGAACAAAGGUCAAGGCUGGAGGAACAGUGUAAGGCACAACCUUUCGCUAAAUGAUUGUUUCAUCAAGGUGGGAAGAUGUGAGGAUGGCAAAGGAAACUACUGGAGUAUCCACCCAUCAAACUUAAAUGACUUUGUUCAUGGGGACUUCAGGCAACAUCGAAGGUCACGAAAGCAAGGGCAUCAAAAGGAGCUAGAGCAUUGCCUUGCUGUGAAUUAUUUCAUGCCAUGGGGACACUAUCCUUCCUACCCAGCACCAAACUGGCUUUACUAUACACAUUAUUUUAUGGAUCCUCUGUGGAAAAUGCUGCAUGCUGACAGACUGCAGUUUGUGCAUGAAUACCAAAAAUGGAAUGUAAACAGUGAUUUAACCACGGGGAAGUUUUCACCUCCACUACAGACUGAUAAACCACAGAGCAUUUCUGUGGACCGGUUUUAUGGAUCUCCUGCUACUUCAGUUAUGCAGCAGAAUAUUUUCCUAAAUAUUCAACAGGCGUUCCCUAAUCCCCUUUUCUUCUCUUCUCAAAAGCAGCAGCAAAGUGAAGCAUUCAGACACAUCUGUAAGUACUAGAAAGUACUUGAAGUGCAGAAACUUCACAGGCAGCUGUGUUUGAGACUGUUGAGAUACAA